AUAUAAGCAGCUCCAUCCGAAUCCGUCAUUAGUCUUCCAGCUCCUCUUCUGCUCGACCACCUUGUUCUUCUUCCUGUGAUUAACAAGCCAAUCUGCAAUGGAUAACAUUCUGGGUCUUCUCAAACUUCGUAUCAAAAGAGGUAUUUCGCUCGCAAUUCGUGAUACUCGUAGCAGUGAUCCUUAUGUCGUUGUCACCUUGGGCGACCAGAAAGUGAAGACCCGUGUCGUGAAGAAUAAUCGCAACCCUCAGUGGGACGAUGAAUUGACGCUCUCUGUUAAGGAUGUCAACUCUCCAAUUCAUCUAGCAGUUUUUGACCAAGACACGUUCACCGUGGAUGACAAAAUGGGGGAUGCAGAGAUAGACAUAAAGCCAUAUCUUCAGUGUCUGAAGAUGAACUUGACCAACCUCCCAAAUGGUUGUAUAGUGAAGAGAAUUGAGCCAGAUGGGAGAAACUACCUUUCUGAGCAGAGCAGCUGCAUAUGGAAGAAUGGAAAAAUCACCCAAGAAAUGACUCUUGCAUUGAGAAACGUGGAAUGCGGCUAUGUAGUGGUAGAGAUUGAGUGGAAGGAAGUUCCAGGUUGCAAGGGCUUAUCUGGGAUUGAGAUCUAAACCUGUUGCACAAUGUUUACAGAGGAGUGAGGAAUAAGACUAGACUCUCCUAACGAGUCAUGAAGGGUUAUAUGUGGUAGGAUAUUUCUAUUAUGAGUCCACGGUGUUAUCCGUGUGAUAUUGAUUUUAUAUGUAUUGUCAUUGUCUGAGAGUGCUAGGUACUUUCAGGCACACAAAAAAAAAAAAAAAAAACGACUGAAGUACCUUAUCUUAUUCUGAGUUGUAGCAGAACAAGUUAGUGUCAUGUAGAAAUGUUUUAUCAGUAUCAGCUGACAUUAGGAUCUGUGCUUGUCACCAAGCUUUGUGAUUAUGCCAUUGUGGUAGUUGAUUUUGGAUAUGCAUGCAGGGUCCAAUAAGCAUAAAUUUGGGCCAAUGAGUUUGAAUUGAAGCCCAUCUUGUAUGGCCUAUGCAGUUGAAGCUGAAAGAUAUGCCAGGGCUUUUCCCAUGGGCUUGGCUCUGGAUUUUUUUA